AUUGGGAAUCAGCUGAGGACAUGUGUACAACAACAUCUGAGGGGAACGCCAUUCACUGGCCCUUAGCAUUUCGCAAACACUGUUUGAUUCGAAUUAAACUUUGUUUUUCGUCAGUUGCCGCCGAAUUCCUCAGCUGUGAUAUCAUUAAGGAGGCAGCUGUUUUGUGCUGAGUGAUAGAGAAAGAGACAGGGACAGAGACACCCGCCCCCAAAAGCCUGGACUGGCCAACAUUUCUAUCCCAGCAGUGCGCAGGACCGAAUUGAAACUGACAGGGACAUUACACAGGAAAUUAACCAGCCCCAGUCAUUGCUGGGUCAAAAACAGCUGGCAGGAGCGGGAGGCCAGCAGUGCAAACAUCUGGAACCUGCACAGGGCGUGAGUAAACAUAGAAGGAGCAGUGUCGUGAAAUCAUUGUUUUGUUUUGAAGAGGCGAGCUAGCUGAAAAGGCUGUGAUAUCUCAGUAGCCAUAGUUACAAUGUGGGACAGCCGGCCGCCUCCAUCUGUGAUGCAGUUCCAUCUUUACAGGGAUGGACGGGAGGGGAAAAGCGUGGGAUAUUGUAACAAUGCGUGGACAAGGCAUCCUUCAACAACAGUGAGAGAAGAAGGAGGUCUUUAAUAUUGACCCCCACAAGAGUGGGGAAAGACCCAGAAAUGCUUGGAAGCAUGGCCAGUGGGGAAGUAGAACAACUGCUGCAUCCUUGAGCUUAAUUGGGCUUCGGUGAAUUCGCCAUGAAUGGUGACUCUGAAAGUCCGAAUUCCCUACAACACAUUCCAGACUGGAAAGAAUUUUGUGAAGUGCAGGCACGAGCUGCAGCGGCUGAAUUUGCCCAGAAAUUCCGGAUAUUUAUCAGUGAAAAUCCCCACCUCGAGUGCCCGGGAAUUGAGACCACUUUCUCACAACACUUUGCUUCCCAUUUUGUGGAAUACUUUGCUUCGGAAGUGAACAGGCCAUACCUGUCAGACUCCCCGAUCAAGUCUACAGUUGCUCCAUUUUCAGACAUCCAGAAUUGCCAGCUGCCUUAUGGUAAAGAAAUUCUCCAGAGGAAAGAGAAUUCCGAUUCCCUUGAGAGUAUAGACAGCACAUUGAACUCCAGCAGGUACUUGAGGCAGGCGCAGGUCUGGGACAUGUCGAACUUUGGCCAUUCCAGGAGUUCAGAGGAUGUUUCUGGCAGGCCAAAGUUUAAGAAAGGGUUUUCUCUGCGGAACAUGAGUAUGUGUAUGGUCGAUGGAAUGAAGGAGAUUUUACAAUGGCGCUCCUCUGCCGAGCCACUGCUGGAUGUGGGGCAGGGCAAAAGGUUAAUCAGUCAAGAUUCCUCGGGGAAUAAAUUGGAAAGUGAGGCCCGGGACAAAUGGAGCCACAAACUAGAACGUUUGCGCUUGACACGGACCUCCUCUGCUAAAGUGGAACUCCUGGAUAUUCAAAGGGAAGGCACUCUGAGGUACAUGGUAGCUGAUGACUCUAACUCGGUGAGCAGUACGCAGUGGCAGAAGUGCCGACUGUUGCUACGAAAAGCUGUGAGGCUGGAGGGAGAACGCUUCCUCUUGGAGUUUUAUGUACCGCCAAAGUCUACCAAGCCCAGAGUCAGCAUCCCACUCUCUGCAAUUGUCAAGGUCAGGACUACAAUGCCGCUAGAAAUGCCUGAUAAGGACAACACCUUUGUGCUGAAGGUGGAGAAUGGUGCCGAGUAUAUCCUGGAAACAAUUGACUCCUUACAGAAACACUCCUGGGUGGCUGACAUUCAGGACUGCAUGGAUCCCGGUGACAGUGAAGAAGACUUGGAGCUGAUUUCUUGUCCACACGCAGUGAGCAUGCCAAGUAGAGAAUUACCCGCAAUUCCUCCUUGCAGUUGUGACUUCCUGUCAGAGGGUGUUACCCAAAUGCCUGAAAAGAUGUGCACAAACCUAGAUGCUGCUGUCACUGUCUCGCACGUCAGACCAAAGGAACCCCAGGUACCGGGACUUCUCGCACACGUCCCUCUGGAAAACUUCCUGCAGGCUCUGCAUUCAGAAGCUCUGAGCAGCACAUCGACAGGUGAGGAGGAUCAGAUAGAUACUGAACUUCAGCUCUCCAGUUACCCCUGGUUCCACGGGACACUGUCACGGGUAAAAGCUGCCCAACUGGUUCUGGCUGGAGGCUCAAGGAGUCAUGGCUUGUUUGUCAUUCGCCAGAGUGAGACACGGCCAGGUGAAUAUGUGCUGACCUUCAACUUCCAGGGCAAGGCAAAGCACCUACGGCUAUCUUUGAAUGAAACUGGCCAGUGCCAUGUUCAGCAUCUCUGGUUUCAGACCAUCCUCGAUAUGCUGAAACAUUUUCAUACUCAUCCCAUCCCUCUGGAGUCUGGAGGUUCUGCUGACAUCACUCUCCGUAGCUAUGUACUUGUCACAAAACCCACCCCAGUACCAGAGAUGAAUUCUGCACACACUGCCACACCUCCAGCUGCCCCUACACAACCUAAUUGCAGAAGUGAUGCCCAUCAAUCACAGCACUAUUUUGCCAACUCUGUAGCUGGCAGCCCACAUUCUGCUGCCCAAGUUGAAGGGACAUCAGCCAACAUUCAUUCGGCACACCCCAGAUCAGACACGUCCAUCUCUGUUCGUGCCAAUAACUCCGAACGUCUACUACAGUCUCAAGCAUCAUCCUCCGAGGACUACCAUGACAGCGAUGGAUCAAGGAAUCGAUCACGAGCUGUAGAAAAUCAAUAUUCCUUCUACUAAUAUCAAGAAACACAAUGUAGCAGACUUCUGGGAUUGUCUACAUAGAAAUAGGGAUAAUUGACCAAAUGCAUCUGCUCAACAAAACUGGAGAAGUCCGGGCAAAGAGACUGUAUUCCUAUCACUUGACAGUCGAAUAAUGAAAAUGGAAAUUACUACAGAAUUAGGGUUAAAUGUGAAUUAUCAGGUAUUUGCCAUAUUUGGUUCAGGGCAAUUGGCAAAGACUGAUUUUGCUAAUUAAUUAUGGUCUUUAUAUAUAUUUGUAUCUGCACUUUUCACGAUUACUGUAAAGAGAAUCUCGAUGGACUGUGCACGGUCCGUGAGUUAACAAUGAAUUGUCUUUCUCAUUGUUUCAUCUGUAGUGUUGCUGUUUAUAGUGAGCCUGCUGUUGUUAUAAUCAGAUA